AUGGAUGUUGUAAACCAGUUGGUGGCCCAAGGGCAGUUCACGGUACUCAAACAACCUCUGGGAUUUAUAAAAAUUCUACAGUGGAUCUUUGCAAUCUUUGCCUUCUCGACAUGUGGCAGUUACUCUGGCAUGUUCAAGAUGAGUGUGGAGUGUAAAAACCGGACAGAGAGUGACCUGGGUAUAGAAGUAGAAUUUGAAUAUCCGUUCAGGCUCCAUCAGGUUUACUUUGAUGCUCCCACCUGUAAGGGAGGGAAACCUGAAAGGCUAUUCCUGGUCGGGGACUACUCCUCCUCAGCUGAGUUCUUUGUCACCAUCGGUGUCUUUUCCUUCCUCUACUCAAUGGCAGCCCUUUCUGUGUACUGUUUCUUGCUGGAGAAGUACCGCGAAAACUGCAAGGGGGCUCAGAUCGACUUUGUUGUGUCGGCGGUAUUUGCCUUUAUGUGGCUGGUAUCCGCAUGUGCUUGGGCUAAAGGCCUGUCAGAUGUGAAAACAGCCACUGAUCCAGAGAGGGUCAUCACUCUGAUCUCAGCCUGCGACGAACAAGAGAAUCGCUGCCGUGAGGUCCACGACCCGAAGGUCUCUGGCCUCAACACCUCUGUGGCUUUUGGCUUCAUCAACCUGAUCCUGUGGAUAGGAAACCUCUGGUUUGUGUUCAAGGAGACAGGCUGGAUGGCUGCCUUCUCUGGAACAUACGUCCCAUCACAGGAAAAGCAGCCCGCCCCCGAUUCCUUUGGCCAGGCAGGCUAUGGUCAGCAGGACCCCUACGCCGGCUCCCAGGGAGGAUACCAGCCAGAGUACGGCCAGCAGGGAGGCUACAAUGAGGAAGGAGGUUACAGCCAGGGCUAUGAGCAGCAGCCCACCUCCUACUCUAAUCAAAUGUGAGCCUGUCUAGCCAAACCACAGCUGCAGGACGCCAGGGUCACCUAGUGAUUUCGGAGGGUGCCUCUCGACCACCAUCUGCAUUCCCACAC